GUUCACGUUCACAACCCAGCCAAGAUGUUUUCUGCUCGAUCCCUGGCGCGCUCGGCGCCCCGCGCCAUCUCGCGUUUGACCACCACCAGCAGACCUGCCAUCGUCAGGCAAGGCGCCUUGUUGCGCGCGCUACCUGUGCGCUCCCAGAUCUCAGCAUUUUCCACCUCCCUCCUGCGCAAGGCCGCUGCUGGCACGAUCGACCCCGAACUCAGCUCAAAACUCGACAGCGAGAUACAAUUCGAGAACACCAUGAAAGAGAGUGAGACGCUACCCGUGAGCAUCAAGGACUUCAUGGAGAACGGCCCCUUUGAGAUCCAAGAUACCCCCGGCCAGCAGGAUGUCGUCCUCACCCGGACGUACAACAAUGAGAAGAUCACCGUGACCUUCUCGAUCGCCGACAUCGCCAGCAUGGAUAACGACAUGAUGGAGGAGGACGCGGGCUUGGGCGAGGAGGACAGCGACCUGCUGGGCGAGGGCUCGCGCUCGCAGCAGGAGGCCGCUGAGGACGCCGAGGACGCCGACGGCGAGGUUCUCGACCAGGAGCCGUCCGUGACCUGCAGGCUGAAUAUUGUCGUCGAGAAGCCCGGCCAGAAGGGUGCCCUCAACAUCGAGGCCGUCGCUCAGGAUGCCAGCAUCCUCGUCGAGAACCUGUACUUUUACCAAGAUGCCGCCAUUGCCCACUCGAGCAGCGCCGAGGCCGUCCACAAGGGGGGAGAUGUCUACCCAGGUCCGCCCUUUGGCACCCUCGAUGAGGACCUGCAGCUGCUGAUGGAGCAGUACCUGGACGAGCGCGGUAUCAACUCGGCCCUGGCCGUCUUCGUGCCGGAUUACAUGGACAUGAAGGAGCACAGGGAAUACCUUGCUUGGCUGAAAAACGUCAAGCAGUUUGUGGAUGCGUAAAUAAAUCGAAAAUAUAAGAUAAAAGGGAAAAAACUAAGAAAAAACAGAGAGGAGGCUCCCGGGGCCGUGGGGGGGAAUAAGGUUUCAAUCGAAAAGGUCUGAAUAGUUUGACGAUGGUGCGAGGUGCUGGUUAUAUUUGGGCUGAUAACUUUUGCUUCUUUUCCCCACCCCCUUCCAAGAAAGGCGAUUUUGUUGGAUCCCCUUUCAGCCUCACAAAAAAAAGCACUUUCCACUCCUGAAGGAAUUCAAACAAUGAUGUAUUAUAGGUGAAUGUUUCUGGCUGGAAACAAAAAGAAAAGAAAGAGAAAAAAGGAGAAAAAUUCUACGAUCACUCUGGCGUUUUAUAUCCAAAAUCAAGAACUGAAAGUGGAGCAUUUG